AUGCACAUCAUUGAGUGCCUCAUGCUGGGGGGCCGAAAUUUAUUGCGGACUCUCCUAAGACACAGUCUCGUUACGCGCUGCCUCGUUGCGAUUGCCGUCUGCCUUGCAUUUACAAUUUUGUUGCUUGUACCUCGGCUAGGAGAGCAAAAUAUUGUAGUGCAACGCAAUCCAACAGUCUAUGCUUCAAGAAAUGCAUUUUUCUUAGGUUCGGGAGUUGCUUCUGAUGGGGAUGGUCUCGGUCAGCUUGUUCUAGAAACUUCCCAGGAGUCACAACCCAUACCUUACGAUCCAUACCCUGACUAUAACAGCGCUGCAUGGAAAAGAAUUUGGAAAGGAACUUACCAGCAAUGUGUUGGCGCCAAUGGUUCGGUCCUGGAUCAUAAGAACACAGAAACAGCGAUGAAAGGGUUUCGCUGGAAUCAAUCAGAUAUUUUCCGGCGCCAAUAUUUGGAUCUUACGAGGCAUGGAACCUCGAUCGGAGUAUCUGCACCGAUUGAUACUCGCGAUAUGCGGCGUACGGAUACACUGCAUUUUGAACAUGUGAACUGGGCCACUUUACAACAAGACUGUUUGGAGCGCAAUGCAGGCCGGUAUCAACCUUCGAAUAUUCCAAAGACGUUGACUCUACACAAAGAGUACAACGAGGGUAUGCGUGAACAUCUUUCAAGAGGAGAAAAGAUAAACACAGUCCAAAAUAAUGCGUCUGCUAUUUUCAAAACACGGAGUGCGGUGGUUCUACGCACAUGGCUCGAUAUGGAAUACACGGAAAACGAUCUCCAUUAUAUCCGGUCGAUUAUUACAGAGCUGUCACUCUUAUCAGGUGCCAAAUAUGAGGUAAUCCUACUAGUUGAUGCGAAAGAUACUAAACUGCCUCAUCCAACGGAUAAGGCGGGCAUCGAUCGACUGAAAAGCUCCCUUCCGCGGGAGCUUCAGGAUCUAGCAGUGUUCUUCAACUCGGAGAUACUAAAAGACUGGUAUCCAAAAAUCGAUGUUCACGUAGCCAUCCUUCAAUACUUCCAGCCUCUGCAGAUUUUCUCCCGGCUAAAUCCGCAGUACGAGUCAUUCUGGCAGUUUGAGAUGGAUUCACGUUAUACGGGACAUUUCUAUAACUUUCUCCAGCAGGCCUCCGAAUUUGCAAAACAGCAGCCUCGCAAGAAUCUAUGGGAGCGUAACUCUUACUUUUAUAUGCCUGCUGUUCACGGGACCUGGGAUGAUUUUGUCGAUCAGGUCGACCGCAGUAUGAUAGGCGUUGAUACUAUCUGGGGACCUCAGCCAGCAAAAGGCAUUGUCGUUGGAAAUAAAGCUCCAAAGCCACCACAACCACACACGGAAGAUAACUCUUGGAGUUGGGGCGUGGGCGAGGAAGCUGACGUGAUCACCUGGCUACCUCAAUUUAACCCUCGUUAUACCGACUGGCCUUUUGCCGACCGGGUGUAUAAUUUCCGCCAGAAGGGACGUACUCCGCGCCGGGCAUCCGUCGUCGCAAUGUCCCGUGUCUCGGCCCGAUUACUUCAGCUUAUGCAUACGGAUAAGGCUGAGAAGGGGUUUGGACUAGCAUCUGAAAUGUCUCCUACCUCCUGGGCUCUUUACUAUGGACUCAAAGCCGUUCAAGUUCCUCAACCCAUUUACCAUGCACACGACACGAACCCUGAUGAGCUCAAUCUCCGAGCUAAUUCAGGCAAGCCAGGCCAGAUCAGCGCUGGGCCGAAUAGUAUCUGGAGCUGGAACAAGCACAAUGAUAUAUUGAUGAAAAUGUCCUACAUGUUUGGGUCAGAAUUUCCAGAAAAGAUUUAUCGAGCCUGGCUAGGCUACGACAAUGCAGAAAAGUAUGGGGAAAGGAGGGGCAUCGUCGCCUUUGCUUACCUCCAAUGUUCUUACACCCGGUCAAGAACACCAAAAAAUAAACCGGCUCAAUCAGAUUUAGCGCUGUUGGAGCUGUUGCUGAAGAGAAAGACGAAGACCGUUCUUGUAUUCGAUCUACGGAGAGCG